CAAAACUUAUUCAGCAAAAUCGAAAACCCUCAAAUUCCCGCUUCAAUCCGAAAAAAAAACCCUCCAAAAACUACGCGCCCAUUUUCAGCAUAUACAAGAGCCCCCGUCCUGUUUCCCAUUCAUCUCCAUUGCUCACGUUUUCUACUAUCUCCUUUUAACAAAAUAAGAUUUGGGGUUUCCCCCUUUUGUUUUAUUCUGCUAUAAACCCUAGAAGGAAUUGAAAAAAAAAUGGCGAAAUCAGUUAGCCCAGAUGCGAUAUCUUUUAUUCUAGCGAACCCGUGCCCUAAUUCCUCUUCAGAUCUGCCGGAAAUCAUCGUACAGGUGCUUGAUCUCAAGCCUCUCGGCGUCAAACACACGUUUAUGGCGAAUGAUGGGAAAAUGAAGGUGAAGGGUCUAUUGCAAUCCACUUUAUCAACUGAAGUAGCUUCUGGUAAAAUCCAGGAUCGCUCUCUCAUUAGUGUUCUCGACUACACUCUCAACGACAUCCCCACAAAAAACGAAAAGUACUUGAUAAUAUCAAAAUGUGAGGUUGUGGGUCCUCCUCUUGAAGAGGAGUACACAGCUGAAGUGAAAUCCGAGGAUGGCGGAAUUGCUAAAAAGCCUAAACAUGAAAUUGAUGUUAAGAUUGAAACAAAUAAUAACGAAGCUGCUGGCAUUUUUUUGAAGCCAAAGCAACCAGUUGUCACUAAAUCUGCUGCUCAAAUAGUCCACGAGCAACACGGAAAUAUGGCGCCUUCUGCGCGAAUGGCAAUGACACGAAGAAUCCAUCCACUCGUUUCGUUGAAUCCUUAUCAAGGAAACUGGACUAUUAAAGUUCGUGUGACUGGAAAAGGAAACAUGAGGUCUUACAAGAAUGCUAGAGGAGAAGGCUGUGUGUUCAAUGUAGAGUUGACCGACGAAGAUGGAACACAAAUUCAAGCAACAAUGUUUAACGAGGCUGCAAAGAAAUUCUUUGAAAAGUUCCAGAUGGGAAAGGUUUAUUACAUAUCAAAGGGAACACUCAAAGUAGCCAACAAGCAAUUCAAAACUGUGCAGAACGAUUACGAAAUGACGUUGAAUGAGAAUUCUGAGGUCGAUCAAGUCAACAACGAGCCGUCUUUCAUUCCUCCAACAAAAUUCAAUUUUGUCGCAAUUGAUGAACUUGGUCCGUAUGUCAAUGGAAGGGAGCUUGUCGAUGUUAUCGGAGUGGUUCAGAGUGUUACUCCUACUAUGAAUAUUAGAAGGAAAAUCAACAAUGAGACUAUUCCAAAGCGUGACAUAACAAUUGCAGACGCGACGAAGAAAACUGUAGUGGUGUCCCUAUGGAAUGAUCUUGCAACGAAUAUCGGACAAGAGCUGCUGGAUAUGUCUGAUAAAUCUCCUGUAGUUGCAAUAAAAUCCCUCAAAGUUGGUGAUUAUCAGGGUGUAUCGUUAUCAGCAGUGAGCAAAAGCGUAAUUGUAGUCAAUCCAGACUCACCCGAAGCUGAAAAACUCAGAUCUUGGUAUGAUUCUGAAGGCAAAGACACUAGCAUGGCUGCUAUAGGUUCUGGCUUAAGCCCUUCGACAAAUAGUGGAUCACGAUCUAUGUAUUCCGAUAGAGUUUCACUAUCUCAUAUUACCAGUAACCCCUUGCUGGGAGAUGACAAGCCUGUAUUUUAUUGCAUCAAAGCAUGUAUUAGUUACAUAAAACACGAUCAAGCAAUGUGGUAUCAGGCAUGCAAGACGUGUAACAAGAAGGUUACCGAAGCUGUUGGGUCCGGUUAUUGGUGUGAAAAGUGCGAGAAGAACGAACAAGAUUGCAGUCUGAGAUACAUAAUGGCGGUGAAAGUUUCAGAUGGAAGUGGCGAAGCAUAUCUCUCGGUUUUCAAUGAACAAGCAGAGAAACUAUUGGGAUGCUCGGCAGAUGAGCUAAAUGAGUUGAAAUCUCAGGAGGGAGAGAGUGCUUACCAAAUGAAACUAAAGAAAGCGAUAUGGGUUCCUCACCUUUUCCGAAUCGGUGUAACUCAAAAUGAGUACAACAAUGAGAAAAGGCAGCGCAUAACUGUCAAGGCUGUUGCUCCCAUCGAUUAUGCUACUGAAUCCAAGUUUUUGGUUGAAGAAAUUUCCAAUCUCAAAAUAUCUAAGUAGAGUUUGUUGCGUAUUACGUUUUGUUACGAAGAUUUACUAUGGGAUGAUAUGCUUUUUCUUGCAAAUGAUUGUAAUUUAUAUCCUACAAUUGUUUUGUUAGGAUUUCAAAAUCCUGUAGAAAAAUCUUCAAGUUCCGACUUUUAUUUGAAGAUAUAUUCAUCAUAUUUUAUUUCCUAAAUUUCCCCUUUUUAAA